AUGAAGUCAUCUGAUCCUUUUCCCAGGUCUGGGGCUAAUGAUGAUUUCCAUAUGAAUAUGAUUCGAGGAUUGUGUUUGGGAGAUAGGAAGUCAUGGCCGUGGUAUGGUCCUGAUCCAGAUUGGGAUAAGGAAUAUAUGAAAGCAGGAGGUGAAAAUUGGUUGCUGAUAGCCCCUCAUUGGUUUCCUUGUAGUGUAACAGGAAAGGUUUUAAAGGGAGCUAAGAAACACCUGGCUAAGAGAAAGGGAACUGUUGACAGUAAUACUAUUUGCUUUUCUAUAGAAGCCCCUCCUGAUAAUUUAUAUCCACCACCAACUGUGCCCCCUACCCAGUUAGCCCCCGGCCAUGCCCAACCACAACCCCCACCUCCCUAUAAAGCAAUGUAUCCUGCUGUACCUAAUGCCCCCUCAGAGGAUGAUAUAGAGGAUAUUUCUGUUGCUGCAGCUGUUAAUUCACAAUCACAGCAAUUACAGGAAUCAUCAUCUACACCAGAUUCUGAUAUAGAAUACCCACCGCCACCUCCUGGUACAGUUAAAUUAACAGUACAAACAGGAGUUAAACUUAAAAGUGGCAAGGUGUUAAAAUCAUAUGUACAUAAGCAAGAUGAUGAUGAUGUAGAGAUGCCAGAAUUAGAAGGUGCUGAUCUUACUGCCCCGUUUAUGACUGUUGGUAAUCAGUUAAUAAUGAAACCCAUUAAUCCCGGAGUACUCAAGGAUAUUAUUCAAGGUGCCCCAAACCCCCGUACUAAUCCCUCUGCAUGCCUAAUGUAUCUGAAAAGAAUGUGUUUAGGACAGAACAUGACACAGAUAGACAUACAGUUAAUUAUAAAUGGAAUAUUAGGGUAUGAUUCAGAUUCUGGUUGGAAUUGGUCUAAUGUACCCUCUAUCAGUGAGACAGAUAACGGUACUGGAGUUGGAGUGGCUGGCAGUGAUGGUGUUUAUGAGCUUAGUACUUCAGCAGGAUGUGCUAAAAUGUGGGAUGAGGUGGAAGCUGAAAUGUUGAGAUUAUGGAAGAAUAAGCAGUCUAUAUCCACUGCUUUGGCAUGUAAGCAAGGUGCAAAGGAAGAGAUUGGUGUUUUUGUAAAGAGAUUUUACAAGUGUUGGAAGGAUGAG